UCUUGACUCGCGUCUUCCUCUUCUUCUCCCCCGGGUGUGAUUUUCUUUCUCUUCCGGUUGUCGUCUGUUCGUGUGGCAGAUAAACCAGUGUCGAAAUGGCCAAGUCUAAGAACCACACAACCCACAACCAGUCUCGUAAAGCCCACAGGAAUGGCAUUAAGAAGCCCAGAUCUCAGCGCUAUGAGUCGCUGAAGGGGGUGGACCCUAAGUUCCUGAGGAACAUGCGCUUUGCCAAGAAGCACAACAAGAAAGGCACGAAGGUGGCACAGAAGGCAGCUACGGAGAAAUAAGCUGCUAUCCAGUCACCUCCAUGUCUGUUAGCGUUCCAUAGACUGUGUUUCCACCAUCACAAUAAAGCAAUGCUUUGUUAACAAACCAA